UAGGCAGGCACUCGUCAAUCAUGGUCCCGCGGGCCGCAAAAACGCGACAAUGAUGGCCUCCUCGUCUCCAGCCACGGGUACUUCUUCCGCGUCCACGCUAUACGAACGCACGCAAACGGCAAACACCAGCCGCGACGCCAUACGCAGCUCUAAUCCGGCCGCUCGUUGCUCCAGCGCCGCUCAUCAGACCCCAUGGCUCCGGUGAGAAUCGUCGACGUCGGCUACGUCCCCGCGCCGGCGCCGGCGGCCGGCGCGGCGCCUCCCGAGCCUACUAUCAAGCUCAACGCCAUGGAGGCGCAGUGGGUCGUGGCCCCGGUGCUGCAGCACCUCCUCCUCUUCGAGGGCGACCGGCUGCCGCCUUUCGACGACGUCGUCCGGUCCCUGAAAUCCUCCCUCGCGGCGACCCUGGCCACCCACGCCCCGCUCGCCGGCAAGCUCCAUCACCUCGCGGACACGGGCGAGGUCGCCAUCCGCCGCUCCGCCGACGACGAAGGCGUCAGGUUCGUUGUCGCGGAGACCGACGCCGACGCCCGCAGCCUCGCGUGCGACGAGGACCACGACGUGCGCACGUUCGAGGGGCUCGUUCCGGAGGUCGACAUGUACCGGCUGCCGGCGCCGCUGCUGGGCGUGCAGGCCACGCGGCUCGGGGGAGCAGGCGGGGUGGCCCUCGGGCUCACGCUGCACCACGCCGUCGCCGACGGGCAGUCGAUGUGGAGGUUGGUGGAGGCGUGGGCGGCGGCGUGCCGCGGGCACGCGCCGCCCGAGCCGCCUCCGUGCUUCGACCGCGCGCGUAUCCGGCUGCCGGACGGCGAGGAGCUGGCCCGGAGCGUCGUGCGGAAGUACAUGCCAGGCCUGCCGGCGGUGCCGAUGCCCGCGUUGUUGCAGCAAGACCGGCUGCGGUUCACCCGGCGGACGUUCACCCUGGACGCGCCGCGCAUCGCGCGGCUGAAGCAGCGCAUCGUCCGCCUCGGCGAUGCCCACGGCGCGCCGCUGCGCCGCCCUCCGUCCAGCUUCGUCGCCGUCGUCUCGCUAGCUUGGAGUUGCGCCGUCCGCUGCCGGACCGUCCCUGCGGACGACGACGUGUUCCUCUUCUUCUUCGCCGACGCCCGCAACCGCCUCGACCCUCCCGCCGGCGCGGAGUACUUCGGCACGUGCCUCACCUGCUGCCAGGUGAAGCUGCCGGCGCGGGAGCUUCGCGGCGAGCGCGCGCUGGCGGCCGCGGCGUCGGCAGUGCAGGACGCGAUCCGGGAGAUGGCGGAGGACCCGCUCGGUUCAUCGCCCGGGUGGGAGUUCAUGAAGCUGGCCGGCGACGGGGGGCCCCCCAUCGACCGGUUGGUGAACGUGUCCGGGUCGGCGGGCUUCAGGGCGUACGAGGUCGCCGACUUCGGGUGGGGGAGGCCGCGGCGGACGGAGAACGUGAGGAUGAACCACGAUGGGCAGGUGGCGCUGGUCCGCGCCAGGGACGGCGGCGGGGUGCAGGCGGCGGUGUCCAUGCUCCGGCGGGCGCACGUCGACGCGUUCCAGUCGGAGCUCCUCCACCUGCUCGGGUCGGAUUCGGAUGAGUGAGGACGCAACACUUAUUACACACAGUUUAAUUUGUUGGUCGGUCGCCUUGUAUUGCACGUGCAGUAAAAACGGCAUUGUUUCUCAGCUCA